CGUAAGAAUCUUGUUGAAAGUUCAUGAGAUGCGCAUUGGUAUGUAAAUAUUUUUACGAUAAAUAAGAUUUCCAUAAAAAUGUUAAAAAUUUCUUGUAUUGUCACGGUGUAAAUAAAGUUGACACAGAUAAAAGUCAAGAAGUCAGAGGAAGCAAAGAACCAACCAACAUGCCGACACGGGAGAAGCGCCAUUAAAUUAGGUUCCCGGUCGGUGAUUUCACUGCUGUUUACAUAAGUUUCAACGUUUACGUAUAUGGUGUACCGUAUAUUUGCGACAGUAUGGGUGUACCAUGGCCGAUGGAAAUCUUGCACCUGAACGAUUUACCACAACGUCAUUGCCAGAGCAUUUGUGGACAGAAAAAUGCAAAGAAAGAUGAAGAAAGGAAAGAUGAAGAGUUCAAAUGUCCUGAAGGUCAAGGCAAUGGUAAUUUUGCAGACCCAGCUACAUGUAGAAGAUUUUAUCAGUGCGUUGACGGGUACCCAUAUCUGAACAGGUGUCCAUCAGGAUUACAUUUUGAUGACAUUAGUAAAUUUUGCACUUUUAAAAAUGAAGCUCGUUGUGGACCUAUUGCUACAACUCCAGCACCUAUCACCGAACCACCAAUUGAUUUAGCAGAAAAAUGUGAUCCUGCAAACUGUCAGUUGCCUUAUUGUUUUUGCUCGAGAGAUGGUACAAUAAUUCCUGGUGGUCUUCAUCCAGAUGAAACACCACAAAUGAUAAUAAUGACAUUUGAUGGAGCAAUAAAUCAUAAUAAUUUUGAUCAUUAUCAAAAAAUAUUUGCUACUGACCGAUUAAAUCCAAAUAAUUGCCCUUUGAAAGGCACAUUCUUCAUUUCUCAUGAAUAUUGUAAUUAUAAUAUGGUUCAGAGUUUAGCACAUGAUGGACAUGAAAUUGCUACUGAAACUAUAUCAUUACAAAAGGGAUUAGAGGAUAAAGGAUAUGAAGAAUGGGUUGGAGAAAUGAUAGGAAUGCGAGAAAUACUUAAACACUUUAGCAAUAUUUCAAUAAGUGAAAUUGUAGGCAUGAGAGCUCCUUAUUUAAAACCAGGUCGAAAUACUCAAUACAAAGUAGUGGAAGAUUUUGGAUACAUAUAUGAUAGCAGUAUUGGAAUUUCUCCACUAAAAGUACCAAUUUGGCCAUAUACACUUGAUUAUAAAAUUCCACAUGAAUGUAAAGCAGGCACAUGUCCUACUAAAUCAUUUCCAGGGGUAUGGGAAUUACCACUUAAUGCACAUUAUGUUGAAAGUUACGAAGGAGGACAUUGUCCUUAUUUGGAUCAAUGUGUGCUUCAUAAUCAUGAUCCUGAAGAAGUUUUUGAAUGGUUACAAGAAGAUUUUAAUCGUUACUAUGAACAAAAUAGAGCACCAUAUAUGAUGCCUUUUCAUACUAAUUGGUUUCAAAUAAAGGAACUUGAACGUGGAUUAUCAAAAUUUCUUGAUUGGGCAGUAACAUUACCUGAUGUAUAUUUCGUAACAGCCACUCAAGCAUUAACGUGGAUAACUGAUCCAAAACCAAUAAAAUCUUUGAAUAAUUUUGAAGGAUGGUCAUGUAAAAGGAAAGAAAAUCUUCCUGGACCCCCAUGUAAUAAUCCAAAUAAAUGUGCUUUAGAUUUCAAACCUACAGAAUCAAAUUUUACUACUACAAGGUACCUAGAAACAUGUAGGGAGUGUCCUAAUAAAUAUCCCUGGUUAGGAGAUUCUAAAGGAACUGGAUUAUAUAAUGAUAAUUAUAAUCCUGAAAAAAAAUAAAAAUGUUUAAAACUUAGAAUGAUAAUUAGAAUUAAUUCUUUUUGUUGUUGUUUAUAUGAAUAAAAUAUAUAAAUAUAAAAUAUGAUAAAUGUAAAAA